UCGAAGGCGACAGAGGCCAAGAGUGACUCGGGCUAUGGUUUUCGAAAAUUUUUGACAUUAAAAUUCACCACCGUCAAAUCACUUAUAAUGGCAGACAAUCAGCAGAGUAGAUUCGAGAAAUCUCUGGGCUUGCUGACAACACGUUUCGUUAAUUUAUUGCAAAAGGCCAAGGACGGAGUAUUGGACUUGAAAGUCGCUGCAGACAUCCUGGAGGUACGACAGAAACGGCGGAUUUAUGACAUUACGAAUGUCCUUGAGGGAAUUGGACUCAUUGAGAAGAAGAGCAAGAACUCGAUACAGUGGAAAGGUGCUGGACCAGGCUGCAACUCCGACGAAACUGGCGAGAAACUCGGAGACCUCAAGGACGAGCUUCGGGAGCUUGAGGAGCACGAGGCAACCCUGGACCUCCACCUGCAGUGGAUCCAGCAGAGUAUAAAGAACAUCGAGAACGACUUCAAGAACAGAAAAUUCGCCUACAUCACGUACGAGGACGUCAAGGAGCAGUUCCCCGAGGACUUCGUUCUGGCGAUCCAGGCCCCCCCAGACACCAUCCUCAAGGUUCCCAACCUCCCCAAGUGCAUCCAGAGUGAUAAACAGAACUUCGAGAUGUUCCUCAAGAGCACAGGGGGCGAGAUCAAGGUCUACAUGGUGCAGCCCAGUCUUGCUGAGACUUAUGACAACAAAAUGCUGGAAGCCAUGCUCGAGAAGGACCCCCAGGAGAUCAAGAGGGAGAAAAUCGAGGGGGAGAAGGAGGAGAGCAAGCCAAAGAGGAGAGUCUCCAAAUCGUCCAGAAGUAGUGCAAAGACGGAGAUGUCUGAUGACGAGGAUCACGAGGACGCGGAUUUGUUAGAAGCCAAAAUAAUCCUCAGUGAUGUCAGCACUUCCAAUCUCAUCAGACCAGAUGGACACCUGCUGGAGGAUUUUUACGCCGACUUCUGCGGCCCAUUAGUGAGUCUCAGUCCUCCACCAACCGACAAGGACUACCACUUCAACCUCUCCGAGAACGAGGGAAUCUUGGAUCUCUUCGAUAUCGCGGCAUAGUAAUCAACCCUGACCCGUUAAUUAAGAAAAUCCUAUUGAAUUUGUGAGCAAUUCGAGGUGUAAACUGCGUCCGGAUGUGUAUUUUUUUUUUUCGAAGAAUGAAUUUCCGAUUUUUUUCACUUGAUAUUUUUUAAACUCGAUAAUGAUGUCAACCGAAUUCCUCCAGUUGUUGUCUCUUCAACAAACGAAUUACGCUUGUUGACAAUUUUUUUAUCAUUUACCCAAUGAUCUUGUGGAAGUUGAAGGACAAUUAAUAUUUUCUGUUUGUUUUGUGAGGGGAGGAACAAUCAACAACAAUUGUAAGGAUCAAUCUUAUGUGCGGCUGAGAGUCAUUGUACCUAUAUUGUAUUUUAUCUGUUAUUCAAUAUAAGAACUAAACAAUUGACUAUU